AUGGAGGUGUGUGGACACCAGGGAGGGGUGUUCGAGGGCCCGCAGGGAGGCCAGUGUACCCGAAGUGGUGCGAGCAGUGGGAGAGGAGAAGAUGCCAUCAGUGGGCGUAGGAUUUCCUUGGCCACGGGCAAGGACGUUGCAUUUUGUUCUCGACGCCACAGGCAAGGGCUGGGAGUUCAUGUGGCAGCGAUUCCUGUGCUCCGGGCAGCUGGGACCGUGGUUAUAGCUGUGGACGUGGGCGUGGGCGUGGUGGGGAGUAGUCAGUUUGCUUUCAGCCAGCGGACAGCUCUCUGGAGAAGAACAUUAUUCGAGGAUGUUCAUGAGGGGGAGAUGGUCACCGUCUGGUUUGAUGAGGUCAGGUUUCAGAAUGGCCGGCUCGACAGUUUUCUCCUUCUUCUGUUGAUGGUAUUGGAUAAAGCCAUGCUGUUUCAAGGGCGUUUUUGCUUCCGUCUGAGGGAUGUCCUUUCUCUGCAUGAUCCAGACCUGAUUCUGACCACUUCUCCUGCCUUCCUCACUUCCGUCCUGGCCCCGGUCCCCACUCCCUUCUGCAUGGCUUACUGGAUAUAUCAGCGAUGCUGGCUAGUAUUCAAGAAAGCUUCAAGCAAAGGUCCAAAGAGACUGGAGAAAUUUUCUGAUGAACGUGCUGCAUAUUUUAGGUGUUACCAUAAGGUGACAGAGCUCAACAAUGUGAAGAACGUAGCCCGGUUGCCAAAGAGCACCAAGAAGCAUGCCAUAGGAAUCUAUUUCAAUGACGACACCUCCAAGACCUUUGCUUGUGAAUCAGAUCUGGAGGCCGAUGAAUGGUGCAAACUGCUCCAGAUGGAGUGUGUGGGCGCACGGAUCAAUGACAUCAGCCUCGGAGAGCCUGACUUACUGGCUACUGGGGUUGAGAGAGAACAGAGUGAGAGAUUCAAUGUGUAUUUGAUGCCAUCCCCUAACUUAGAUGUACAUGGCGAAUGUGCCUUGCAGAUUACAUAUGAGCACAUCUGUCUUUGGGACGUCCAGAAUCCCAGAGUCAAACUCAUCUCUUGGCCGCUAAGUGCCCUGCGGCGGUACGGGCGAGAUGCUGCUUGGUUCACUUUUGAGGCAGGGAGGAUGUGUGAAACUGGGGAAGGGCUGUUUAUCUUUCAAACGCGAGAUGGGGAGGCCAUCUACCAGAAAGUCCACUCUGCUGCCUUGGCGAUAGCUGAACAGCACGAGCGCUUGCUACAGAGCGUGAAAAAUUCAAUGCUCCAGAUGAAGAUGAGCCAGCGGGCUGCCUCGCUGAGCACCAUGGCGCCUCUGCCCCGCAGCGCCUACUGGCAGCACAUCACGCGUCAGCACAGCGCGGGGCAGCUCUGCCGCCUGCAAGAUGUUGCCAGCCCUCUGAAGCUUCAUCGAACAGAGACUUUUCCUGCCUACCGAUCUGAGCACUGA